CCAACAUCAAACACUAGAUCUCCCCAUAGCAGUUCACUUUGCUUCCCAAACAUUUGGUUAUUUCUUGCUUUCAUCAACUUCUUAACUCUAAAUCAUCAUCAUGGGUGUGUUCACAUAUGAAACUGAGCUCACCUCUGUCAUCCCCCCACCUAGAUUGUUCAAAGCUCUUGUUCUUGAUGCUGACAACCUGGUACCAAAGAUUGCUUCACAAGCAGUUAAAAGUGCUGAAAUUGUUGAAGGAGAUGGAGGUGUUGGAACCAUCAAGAAGAUUAGAUUUGGUGAAGGAAGUGAAUACAGCUAUGUGAAGUACCGGAUUGACCGGCUUGACAAAGAUAACUUUGUGUACAGCUACAGUUUGAUUGAAGGAGAUUCUAUUACAGACAAGAUUCAGAAAAUCUGUUAUGAGAUUAAGUUGGUGGCAUCUGCUGAUGGAGGUUCCAUCAUAAAGAACACCAGCAACUACCACUCAAUAGGUGAUGUUGAGAUCAAGGAGGAGGAUGUUAAGGCUGGCAAAGAAAGAGCCUCUGGUUUGUUCAAGGUCGUUGAGAAGUACCUUUUGGGCAACCCUGAUGCCUACAACUAGACAUGUCUGUGAUGCUACUGCAUGUUUGGACAACAAUCUGUCAUUUUGUCCUUCUUUUUCUGUUUACUUAACGGUAUGGUUUUAACGAGUAAUGUACUUGUAUUUGAUUUCAAUUGAUCAAUCAAGAAAAUUUGGAAAGCAUUUAUUUGA